AAAAUGCCCGCAACAUGAUGGACUUUGUCCGCAAAAAGACUAGCCUGAAGGAUAUUUAUGAAAAGAGCAAAGAGGAUGCAACUGAUACUACUACUACAAAUGAUACCACUACUACUACUACUACUACCGAGACAAGGAAUACGGAGAAUGAAAGUAAUGCUGUUGCUGCUGCUGCUGCUGCUACCAGCAAGGAGAAAGCACCAAACGCAGGAGCAACCACAUGGUAUCCACACCGCACGGCCAUGCUUGCCAAUGGUGCUGCCAUGAUUCAUUGUCCAAGGACCAACAAUUACAGAGGCACAGGUGCUCUGGCUACCAUUGCGGCAACUACGAUGGCGAAUACUGUCUUGCCAUCACCAGAAUUUUUACCAGCCCUCAACAAUCGGAACAAGAAGCGAACAAGGAUGGAAGCCGAUGCUGCAUUUAAAAAGAAACAGGAAGAAGAAGAAAAAGCGCAUCGAAAUGCAAGACUACCAGCAGCAAACUCGCUUUGUCAUCCAGACACAACACCUCUUAGGAUUCCUACUGCAACUGCUAAAAUUGCUGCUACUUCCAUGUGGCAAGAGCUUGAUCCCAAGAAGAAGCUUGACGAUGAUGUUGAUGAUGAUGAUGAUGAUGAUUCUAAACCACCACCAUCAGACUCUGACAAGAUGAAUACUACCCCUGCUGCGGAUGUCAUGCUGAAACCUACUGCUCCUGCUCCUACUACUACUACUUUGAAUAGUAGCAGUAGUUACAAGGCGCCACCGUCACCCAAGAAAAAUGACGAGAAGGAAGCAACGCUUGCCUUGUUGUCGUGGAGACAACACCAAACAUAA